AUCUAGUAAACUGUGACUGUUAGAGGCAAGGACUAUAUAAAGUUGGGUUGGUUAAAAGCUUUUGUUUUUUUUUUCUUUUUCUUGUAGUUGUGCUAAGAGUUGAUUAUGGUAGUUUUGGCUUGAUAUGGGUACUACUACAAUGAGCAUUUUAAGUUUUUCUUUAGCAGUAAUUUUAAGCCUUGGUGUUCAUCACAGUAUUGCAACUGUUGAUGGCUAUAGUUCUGUCAGCAAUGGAGGCAGUCCUGGAUAUUAUAACCCAAAGGAUGGUCAACCCAUACAGGAUGUUAAACUACAAAGUUUUUACACCUGGUUUGGCCCAGGAGAUGUAGCAGGACCAAUCAGGCCACUGGGUUCUAGGAAUAUGAUCUCUAGUGCUGCAGUUAAGGGAGGCUAUGAUACUGGAAGCUACAGUUCUCAGCCUGGCUAUUCAGGUGGUCCAGUGACCAGUGGAAGUUCUGGUUUGGACACAGGAAACCAGCUUCAGGGCUCUCAACUUGCUUCAGCUGGAAGUGGUAGUCUUGUUCCUGGCUCUAUGGGUAGUGCAGUAGGCAUGGGCAUGUCAGAAUAUGGUUUAAGCCAGUCAGUUAGUGUUCAAGGCUCUGACACCAUCCAUUCUUCCCUGGUCUCGGUGCCGUUGCAGCAAAGCAGUAAUUCUGUUCUUAAGCCAGUGCAGCUAACUUCCCAAAUUCCUCUGCAGACCAGCAAUGACUCCAUGGCAAGACCUGGCAGUCAACAGCUAGUGCAGACAAUCUCCCAGUCCAUCAGUCGGCAACCAGCCCAAACUAGCUCUGGAGCCAUGGCCCAGUCUAGCACCCUGCAGUUGAUCCAGUCCAGUGGCCAACAAUUAGCACAGGCCAGCUCCCAGUCUACAGGGCAGUCAAGUGGACUGCCCCUUAAGCUUUCUUCAGGUUCCAGGCCAGUUCAGAAUCCAAGCUUUGGCUUGUUUAAGCCUUUGUCCCCCAAAAAUGAAUCCAGGUCACAGCCUAGAUACCAAAUAGUGCAACACCACAGGGAGUCGAGCAGCCCUCAGCUAGCUCAGGCUAGCUAUGCACUUGUAAGUCAGUCAUUCAGCCAGCAAGCAGCCCAGUCCAGUGGCCAGCAAGCAGUACAAACUAGCUAUGAAACUGUAGCUCAACCAAGCAGCCAGCAACUAGCACAGGCCAUCCAGCCAAGCAGUGAACAGCCAGCACAAGCCAGCUUUCACUCUGUGGCCCAGGUCAGUAGCCAACAACUACCACAGGCCAGCUACCAGCAAAUUCCACAAGCCCAACAAAUUGUGGUUCAGCCCCAUAGCCAACAACUAGAACAGACUAGCUCUCAGUCUGUGGCCCAGCCCAGCAGCCAACUAGCACAAGCCAGCUACCAAUCUGUCACCCAGCCCAGCAGCCAGCAACUUCCACAAGCCAUUGACUUGUCUGUUCAGUCCAGCAACCAACAACUAGCACAGGCCAGCAGUCAGCAGUUCCCACAGGCCACUGACUUCUCUGUGGUUCAGCCCAGCAGCCAGCAACUAGCUCAAACCAGCUCUCAGCCUUUGUCUCAGCCCAGUGGACUACAAGAAGUGCAGACCAGCUAUGUAUCUGUGGCUCAGCCCAGCAGCCAGCAACAUCCUCAGGCAACUGACAUGUCUGUGGUUCAGCCAAGCAGCCAGCAACUAGCUCAAGCCAGUUCUCAGCCUGUGUCUCAGCCCAGUGGACCACAAGAUGUACAUGCCAGCUAUGUAUCUGUGGGUCAGCCCAGCAGCCAACAACUCCCUCAGACCAUUGACUUGUCAGUGUCCCAGGCCAGCAGCCAACAACCAGUGCAAGGCAGUGGUCAGUCUGUAGCCCAGGCCUCCAGCCAGCAAUUAGUGCAGGCCAGCCAAUCUGUUGCCCUGUCCAGUGGUCAACAACCAGCACUGGGCAGCAAUGUGCCUGUGUCACAGCCCAGUAGCCUUUUCAAGCCUCAAAAAGAUAGACUUCAGUUUGGCUCUAGUCUCCUUUCUGGUACCAGGCCACUCCAGAAACCAAGCUAUAGCUCUCUAGUUCAGUCCAGUAGCCGAAAACCAGCACAAGCCAGCUACCAGUUGGUAGCCCAGCUUUCUGCCGAACAACCAGCACAAGCCAGUUAUCAGUCUGUGGCCCAGCCUGCUGUCCAACAACCAGUACAGGCCAGCUACCCAUCAGUGGCUCAGCCUGCUGACCAGCAACCGUCACAAGCCAGCUACCCAUCUGUGGCUCAGCCACAGCCUGCUGUCCAACAACCAGCACAAGCCAGCUACCAAUCUGUGCCUCAGCCUGCUGUUCAACAACCAGUGCAAGCCAGCUACCAGUCAGUGGCCCAGGCUGCUGUCCAACAACCAGCACAAGCCAGCUACCAAUCUGUGCCUCAGCCUGCUGUCCAACAACCAGCACAAGCCAGCUACCAAUCUGUGCCUCAGCCUGCUGUUCAACAACCAGUGCAAGCCAGCUACCAGUCAGUGGCCCAGGCUGCUGUCCAACAGCCUGUGCAAGCCAGCUACCAAUCUGUGCCUCAGCCUGCUGUCCAACAACCAGCACAAGCCAGCUACCAAUCUGUGGCUGUGCCUCAGCCUGUUAUCCAACAACCAGCACAAGCCAGCUACCAGUCAGUGGCCCAGGCUGCUGUCCAACAACGUUUGCAAGCCAGCUACCAAUCUGUGCCUCAGCCUGCUGUCCAGCAACCAGCACAAGCCAGCUACCAAUCUGUGGCUCAGCCUCAGCCUGUUAUCCAACAACCAGCACAAGCCAGCUACCAGUCAGUGGCCCAGGCUGUUGUCCAACAACCAGCACAAGCCAGCUACCAAUCUGUGGCUCCGCCUCAGCCUGCUGUCCAACAACCAGCGCAAGCUAGCUACCAAUCUGUGGCUCCUCCUCAGCCUGCUGUCCAACAACCAGCGCAAGCCAGCUACCAGUCAGUGGCCCAGACUGCUGUCCAACAGCCAGCACAACUCGGCUACCAGUCUGUGGCCCAGCCUGCCAUCCAACAACCAGUGCAAGCCAGCUAUCAGUCUUUGGCCCAGCCCAGUGGCUUGCAAGCAGCACAUGCCAGCUCUCAGUCAGUGGCUCAGCCCAGUGUCUUAAAACCAGUGCAAGCCAGCUACCAGUCUGUGGCCCAAACUGUUAGGCCACAGGUUGCACAAGUCAGUAGCCAACAGUCACCACAAGCCAGCUACUCCUCUGUGGCUCAGCCAAGCGGCCUGCAAGCAGCACAAUCUAGCUAUCAGUCUGUAGUCCAGCACAGUGAACAAACCGUUUUCAAGCCAGUGCAGGCCCAAGUGGGACAACUUUAUCAAAUUGGCUCCAAACUUUAUACUUGCCAAGAGUAUGUAUCAGAGCCCAGUUACCAGCUUGUAGCCCAACCAGGACAGAUGGGGUAUCAGCCUCCAUCCAGACCAGUAUCUACAUCCUUCACUCAGCACCUCAAACCUGUUGUUCAACCUGGUUACCAGGCCGCAGUGAAGCCUGGGCACGACACCUUCCUGUCUGUGGUGUCACCCAGCAGCCAAGUCCCUCCUGGACCACUGCAAGCAACAUUCCAGUCCACUUUCAGACCUUCACAACUGCCUGAAAAGCCAAGCCACAAGCCCCCAGUCCUUCCAGGCCGACAGCCUUUUGCUAAGCCUGGACUCCCUAGUUAUGGUUCUGUAUCCCAGCCUAGUGGCCUGCAGUCUGGACCUUUGAGACAACUGCAACAGCCUGGCUACCAGCCUCUGGCCAAGCCAGAGCAAGGUGUGUAUCAGUCUCUAGUUAAGCCUGUGCAAUCCAGCUACAAACCUUCAAGCAAGCUAGAACCUUCCAGCUACCAGCCUCAAAUGUUACCUAGCCGCCAGUCACUAGCUCAGUCUGGCUUCUCUUCCCCAGCUAUGUCACCACAGUCAGGAUACCAGGCACAGUCAAGUUCUGAGAUGGUCUCUCAGUCUGGAUACCAAGUCUCUUCCAUGGCAGGGCAGUCCACUUCCCAGCCUCAAAUGCUGCCUAGCCACCAGUCACUACCUCAGUCUGGCUACUCUUCCCAAGCCAUGCCAGCGCAGUCCAGAUACCAGGCACCGUCAAGUUCUGAGACUGUGUCACAAUCAGGAUACCAAGUCUCAUCCAUGGCAGGGCAGCCCAGUUUCCAGCCUCAAAUGCUGCCUAGCCGCCAGUCAAUGGCUCAGUCUGGCUAUUCUUCCCCAGCCAUGUCAGCACAGUCCAGAUACCAGACACAGUCCGGUUCUGAGACCGUCUCUCAGUCCGGAUAUCAGAUCUCUUCUGCAGCAGCAGGGCAGUCCACUUCCCAGCCUCAAAUGUUACCUAGCCGCCAGUCACUACCUCAGUCUGGCUACUCUUCCCAAGCCAUGCCAGCGCAGUCCAGAUACCAGGCACCGUCAAGUUCUGAGACUGUGUCACAAUCAGGAUACCAAGUCUCAUCCAUGGCAGGGCAGCCCAGUUUCCAGCCUCAAAUGCUGCCUAGCCGCCAGUCAAUGGCUCAGUCUGGCUAUUCUUCCCCAGUCAUGUCAGCGCAGUCUAGAUACCAGGCACAGUCAAGUUCUGAGACCGUAUCGCAGCCUGGGUUCCAAACCUCUAUUCCUGGACCGUCAAGUUACCAAUCUGUAUCCAGAUCAACUUCACAAACCCUGGAGCAGCCCAGUAGUCUCUUUAUUUCAAACUAUGAGUCUGUGUCGCAGUCUGUGCAACCUGGACUUCAGGAUCCAGCACUGCUGAAUUAUCAGCCUGUCACAAACCAAAAUGCUCCUGGACCAGCUCGAGGUAGCCAACGUUCGGCCCAAAGCAGGUUCAGGCUGUUGCAACAAGUAAAAUCCUAGCUAUUUACUUGUGUUUGCAGUUAUCUGGUUUUGGCUAAUGCUUUGUUUUUUGAAAGCAUCAAUAAAAUGUCAUUAGCAAGUA